CACCUCCACUUCUAUUGUCUGUCAUUUUCUUCAAUAAAGAAACAUGGCAACUUCUCUCUCCCUCCCUUUUUAAAUAUCCAACUGUUCUCCCUCUUCUUCAUCAUCAUCAUCUUUCUCUUGCUUUCAAGGCACCAGAAGUUGCACUCUGGCCACUCUCUGCACGAAGAUCGAGCCUCAACUGGGUUGAAGUAGUCUUGCACUUUAGAAACUAAGCCAUUGCUUGGCUUCUUGUUUUUGAAGCAAUAAUCUUAAUUGGCUCUUUAAAUGAGCUCGUGCGUCUCCCAUUGCUUGUCGCGUCGGCUGGAGAAUAUAGAUGAACGCGCUCCAGCAAGUUGGCUACCCUCAUCUUGUGCUCUACCCGAAACUCCGACCGAGUCCAUGGAGUUUCUUGCAAGAUCAUGGAGUCUUUCAGCCAUGGAACUCUCCAGAGCUCUUUCCAGUAAUCACGUUGCUGCUAAUCUUCUUGAGAAGUCACCGUUCUCCUCCAUUGGCAAUAUUGAAGCGCAUGAUGCAAGUUCUGGGGCUUCAAAAGAAUCUAUGUUCAAACCACUUCAGCAGUUACCAAGUGGGGGCAGCCCUCCAAUUGCACCAAGAGACAGCGACGAAGUGAAGGAAAUAUUUUUACUUCAUCAAGCACUCAAUUCAGAGUUCCUUUCCAGUCAACAGUUGCUCAAAAAUGGGCUAUACAGGAGCUUACUGAGAGGGAAAGCAAUGGGGAAAUGGAUAAAAGAUCAAAAGGAAAGGAAGAAGCAGGAAAUCCGGACCCAUAAUGCUCAAUUGCAUGCAGCUGUCUCUGUGGCAGGGGUUGCUGCAGCUGUUGCCGCAAUUGCAGCUUCAACUGCAUCACCUGAAAUGUCAUCUGCCCAGCAGAACACACCCUCCAAAACCUCUACUGCAAUGGCGUCUGCAGCAGCUCUAGUAGCAUCCCAUUGCAUUGAAAUUGCAGAGGAGAUGGGAGCCGAUCCAAACAAUAUCUUAAAAGUUGUCAACUCUGCAAUCAACGCAAAGACUAACGGAGAUAUCAUGACCUUAACAGCUGGAGCAGCUACAGCCUUAAGAGGAGCUGCCGCCCUAAGGUCAAGACUACAAAAGGGGCAUGGAGCUGCAGCCUUAGCACUGUCUGAGGAAAUGGGCGAAGAACGUGAAGAAGUUAACAUUCUGACGGCAUUGAACUUUGUCUCUAAAGGAGGAGAACUUCUCAAACGAACAAGGAAAGGAGAUCUACACUGGAAGCAAGUUUCUUUCAACAUUAAUUCAAAUUGGCAGGUUGUAGCUAAAAUGAAAAGCAAGUACAUGGCAGGAACAUUCACCAAAAAGAAGAAAUGUAUAGUCUCUGGGGUCUACAGUGACAUUACAGCGUGGCCCGGAAGGGAGAGGGAAGAUGGUAGUGAACAGAUGGCUUAUUUUGGGAUAAAAACAGAUGACAGGGUAAUAGAAUUUGAAUGCAAGAGUAAAGCAGAUAAACAGAUGUGGACAGAGGGCAUCCAGCAUAUGUUAAAUUGCCGUGCCAACUUAACAUUAUGAUAAGAUUUGAAUUAGAAGUGAACAUAGGUUCUGAUUCUUUAUAUAUAAGUCAUGAGUGGAGCAUUAAACAAGUUCAGUUUACCUAUUAUGCAAAUUCUUCAGUCUUCACUCGUGAAAGUUACUUGAAAUCUAUAAAGCUUGACGAGAAUGAACAAUUUUAAUUU